AUGCCUGACGGCUGGGCAGGAUCCUUCACCUGCACGUUACCCGGAGCCCCGCGGCCUGGACCUGUGGCUCACGGCCUCCCCCGCCUCGCCGGGGCCCGCUCGGCCCGGGGACGAGGCCCCUCUGCGGCCGGGACGACUCACAGCACAGACCAGCGAGGUUCGGGGGAGAGCGGUGCGUCCCUCCGCCGGGACCACCGGCCAGGCCGGUCUUUGGAUCCAAAUGUGAGCAUUGACACAUUUGGAUCUAAAGCAUCUAUCUAUAAUCUCAUUUUCUUGUAUUUAAUGCAGGUUCCUGCCAUUCAACAGAAAAGAACAGUAGCAUUUCUAAACCAGUUUGUGGUUCACACAGUGCAGUUUCUCAACCGCUUUUCUACUGUCUGUGAAGAGAAAUUGUCAGCAUUGUCUCUCCGUAUCCAGCAAAUUGAAACGACACUCAAUAUUUUGGAUGCAAAGUUAUCCUCUAUUCCUGGCCUAGAAGAUGUCAAAUGUCAAGUGUCCAGUGAAAAUACGAAUAGUGUUACAAACAGUCUUGUGGCACAAGUUACUACAGAUCAACAGACAGCUGUAUCACCUCAACCUGGAAACAAUGCACAUGAAGAAGGGUUACAGAAAACAGAGGUAGUAACAGAAAACGUCUCAACUGUGGCCAAAGAUCCAAGAUAUGCCAGAUAUCUCAAAAUGGUACAAGUGGGUGUUCCUGUAAUGGCAAUAAGAAACAAAAUGAUUUCUGAAGGGCUAAAUCCAGAUCUUCUUGAGACCCCAGAUGCCCCCGUGCCUGCCUGGGGAGAUGAUGGGAAAGCAGAAGACAGUUCUGAUAGCGAAUCUUCAUUUAGUGACUAA